CCCCCCGUGGAGACUGUUUCAGGGUGGGCGCCCACUGCAGCGGGGUCCUGACACUCCCUGGGGUCACCUUUCUCUCAGAGGAGGCAGUCCAGCGGCCCAAGGACCCGCCCAAGGUCACAUGCAGACUGUCCUCAGGCAGCUUCCAGCAAGGAGUGCUGCUAAAGGGGCCCAGAGGGGCCCUGGGGCCCCCAGAGUAGGGGGCUGAGGACCCGGUUGAGCUGCUGCAGCCCAGCAGGAGACCAGAGUCUCCAGUGUGCAGUGCCCGGGCCGUUGGGGGCCCACAGGGAGCAGGUCUCUAUCCUGAGCCCCGUGCUGCCUGGGGCACAGGGGUGGGCCUGGGUGAGCCUUCAGAUCCUGCCCCACAUGUAUGUUCAUGGGUGGCUUUCAAAAUAAGAAAACAACAGCUAGAAAACACAACAUCUGUUCAAUUUGAAAAGCUGGUGGUUACUCUAUUUUAGGUUGUUUUCUGUCCCCUACCCUGCUCCCCCGCAUGCAGGGGUCUUAGCUCCCCGAUGAGGGAAUCGAACCCGUGCAGUGGAACCAUGCAGUCCUACCCACUGGGCCAUCAGGGAAGUCCCCUCUAGGGGAAUUUCUGUAGGACGUGGGCGUCAGAAUCUCUUUUCUUCCAUAAAAUGAUGGGGUAGAUGACAUCUCCUAAAUCUUGUCAAACUUAACAAAAUCGGGCUGUGGCUCUGAUGUUGGCGCCCACUUGGAGAAGAUGGUCACUGAGGCCCUGUGAGCCCGCUCUGCUGUGGAGCCUUGGCCUGCAGGGGACCUCCUCCCUCGUGGACAGGUGGGGGCAGCAUCCUCUGUGACGGGGUCGGGGGUGGCCCUGGGCAGAGUGCGUUGCUCCUCCUUCCCGCGUCUCUUGGGGCAGGCUCUUCAGAGACCUACCCCAGACAGGUGAAGAUCCCAUGUGUGGGCUGCAGGGAGUCCCAGCUCCCUCCAGGGGAACCUGAGGCUGCCUGUGAGUGGCCAGCAGGGAGGGAGAGUCUUACAGACCAGUGAAAGCCCUGCCACGCCUUGGGUUUGGUCUGGGAUCCACCCCCAGCCUAAUGGGUGGGGAGUUGCCACGGUGCCUGCAGGCCUCCUGCCUGUCUCGGUCAGGGCAGAGGUGGGACCUGGGGGAUCCAGGCAGGGGGGCUAGGCAGCUCAUCUGCAGAGGUGGCCAGCUGGGGGCUGUCCGCCUGGAGGGCUCUUUCCUGUCCCCUGGUAGCCUCUGAGGCCUGGCUCGCAGAGCGGAUAGCUGGAGUACCAGCAAAGUCCAGGGCGAGGCAGAGCUGUAAUGCGAGGCUCCCAACACACUGGGGGUCCCGGGGCAGGAGGGACCUGACCUCACUUGAUCUGGCCCAGGACAGUCCCCCUCCAGAAAGAAGGGGGCACUCACUGAGAUCCCUGAGUACAAGUCUGGCCAGAAGAAGCCUGGGUCAGUCUCUAGAUGGCCACAAGGUCUGGCCGAGUGGGAACGGGGACUCCCGGUGGGCAGGCUGAGCUGCCGGUGGGUACCUUCUAGGUGGAGCAUGGCCAUGGCCUCCCGAGGAGUGUCCUGGGACCAUGCCUAGUGAGCACACCAGGCGUGCUGCGCAGGACGGGCCAUGGUGGGGACUGUGGGGCUGUGCCCCAGCCCAGCUGCCGGCCCACCUGUCUGUCAGGCAGGCCACCUGCGCCUGCGUUCACACAACCAGGGCUUGGACCGCCGCCCAGGAUGGCAGAGGGAAGCAAAGCACCGAGUGGCCUGAGCUAGAAACAGAAAGCCCGGCGAGGAAGAGGCCCAGACUCGGGUGUUGAGGAGCUGGGGUGCGGGGCAGGCCAGGCCAGGCCCUCCGCCCUCCGCAGCUGUGGCCGAGCAGCAGGGCGGCCCGGUGUCCAGGCGGCAGGGCCUGCUCUCGGGAAGGCCUAGGCCGCACAGCGCUCGGGGAGUCCGGGAGAGCCCAAGGAGAAGGUGACCUUGGCCAGCCGGCCCGGCCCAGGGCGCACAGGUCAGGGGCGCUGCGGGGCAAGGGCUGAGCCGGAGGCCUCGAGGGGCCGCCUCUCAGGAAGGCCGCAGCGAGCUGGCAGUGCCAGCCCUGCGCCCCUCUCUCAGCCGCACAGCCUGCAGGCCCUUGCUGGAAACGGCGGGCGAGCGUGUGGGCCAGACUGCGGGCACUGCCAGCCCCCUCCCCUCCGCCAGGAUCUCCCGGGCAGGGCUCGCCCUCACACAGGGCGGGGCUCCGGGUGGAGCCGUCGCCGCCGGCUGGCCUUGACGCGCUUCCUGCUUCCUCCUCUCAGGCCAGCGGGAGCGCCUGCCGUGCACAGCUGGGCCGCCGGCUCCUGCGAAGGGGACGCCUUCCUGAAGACACAGUUGCCAGGCCCGCUGUACCCUCGGUGCCCUGGCCGCUUAGAGAGCCUCGGCCCCAGGCGCUGGGGGCCGGACCCUGGGACUCUGGACACACGCCCGCCCGGGCCCCCUGUGGCCACACCUCCUCGUUAGCACCGACCCCAGAAGGCUGGGGGUGUGGGGAGGGAAGGCCCCCGCCAUGGCUGCUCCUAGACCCCACCUGGUCCCCUAAGGCCUGUUAGGUGAGAGGGGCUUUUAGGGCUCCCGGGGCCUCUGCCCCUUGCCCUGGCCUCCUCUUCCCCUCGGCAAGGCGCCAGCGAGCUGCAACUCCGUUAUCUGGGUCAUUAGCUUCAGACCCUGAACUGAGGCUGGCCGGGUCCAGGACGAGGGAGGGAGGCCUUGUCCAUCGAGCAGCCGAGGUGCCAGGGCCCUGGGAGGCCGGCUGCAGGCGCCCUCCCUUGCUGCCCUUUCUGCCUGGGGCCCGGGCCCCUCAUGGCUGCCCGGGUCUGGUCACAGCGGGGGGCCUCCUGACCCAGCCUUGCCAGGGGCAGAGGACACUGAGCCUUAGAGAGGGGAUGCCCCCCAGGGCGCCAGUCCAGCCAGCUGCCCCGCCUCGCAGGCCCAGCCUGGCCCCCGCGCUUCCCCGUCCGGUGCCCCCAGCAGCCCCCCUGGCAGGCAGCCCCCGCCAUGGCCGAGCACCUGGAGCUGCUGGCAGAGAUGCCCACGGUGGGCAGGAUGAGCACACAGGAGCGGCUGAAGCACGCCCAGAAGCGACGUGCCCAGCAGGUGAAGAUGUGGGCCCAGGCCGAGAAGGAGGCCCAUGGCAGGAGGGGCCAGCGGACGCAGUCACAGAAGGAGGCGGCCGACGGCCGGCCACAGAAGCGGGUCCUCUUCCCCCCAAGCGUUGCCCUUCUGGAGGCGGCUGCCCGGAAUGACCUGGAGGAAGUCCGUCAGUUCCUCGAGAGUGGGGUCAGCCCUGACCUGGCCAAUGAGGACGGCCUGACCGCCCUGCAUCAGAGCUGCAUUGAUGACUUCCGGGAGAUGGUGCAGCAGCUCCUGGAGGCUGGGGCCAAGGUCAAUGCCCGUGACAGUGAGUGCUGGACACCCUUGCACGCCGCGGCCACCUGUGGCCACCUGCACCUGGUGGAGCUGCUCAUUGCUGGUGGUGCCGACCUCCUGGCAGUCAACACGGACGGGAACAUGCCCUAUGACCUGUGUGAGGACGAGCAGACACUGGACUGCCUGGAGACGGCCAUGGCCAGCCGUGGUGAGUGCAGCCCUGCCUGCCUGCCAGGGCAGCAGGGCGCAGGGCGCGGCGGGUGGUGUGCUGGGGGUGGAGCCCUGAGCCCGCUGCCCCGCAGGCAUCACCCAGGACAGCAUCGAGCGGGCCCGGGCCUUGCCCGAGCUGCAUAUGCUGGAGGACAUCCGGAGCCUGCUGCAGGAGGGGGCAGACCUCAAUGCCCCCCGGGACCACGGCGCCACGCUGGUGAGGACGGGGCCACGCGGGACGCAGGCAGGGGAGGCUGCUGCCGGGACGCAGGCAGGGGAGCCUGCUGCCGGCCGAACCAGGGCCGGGACUCAGGGGCCGGCGGUUUGCCUGCAGCUACACAUCGCCGCAGCCAGCGGGUUCGGCGAGGCGGCUGCCCUGCUGCUGGAACACGGGGCCAGCCUGAGCACCAAGGACCGCGACGGCUGGGAGCCGCUGCACGCAGCGGCCUACUGGGGCCAGGUGAGCACCUGCGGGGCGGUGGGGCCGGGCGGGCUCGGCGGCUCCGCAGGCUUCAGCAGCCCGGGCUCGCCGGCCCACAGGUGCAGCUGGUGGAGCUGCUCGUGGCACACGGGGCUGACCUGAACGGCAAAUCCCUGAUGGAAGAGACGCCUCUCGACGUGUGCGGGGACGAGGAGGUGCGGGCCAAGCUGCUGGAGCUGAAACACAAGCACGACGCGCUCCUGCGCGCCCAGGGCCGCCAGCGUUCUCUGCUGCGUCGACGCACCUCUAGUGCCGGCAGCCGGGGGAAGGUGGUGAGGCGGGUGAGCCUGACCCAGCGCACCAGCCUGUACCGCAAGGAGCACGCCCAGGAGGCCAUCGUAUGGCAACAGCCCCCGCCUACCAGCCCGGAGCCGUCAGAGGAGGAUGAGGACCGCCAGACAGACGCGGAGCUCCGGCGGCCGCCCCCCGAAGAGGAGGACCCAGAGGCGGCCAGGCAGCACAACGGCCGAGUGGGGGCGCCCCCCGGGCGGCACCUGUACUCCAAGCGGCUGGACCGAAGUGUCUCCUACCAGCUGAGCUCCCUGGAGAACACCACCCCUGACGCCCUGGUCCAGGCCAAGGCCCCCCACACCCUGGCAGAGCUGAAGCGUCAGCGGGCUGCCGCUAAGCUGCAGCGACCCCCGCCUGAGGGGCUCGGGGCCGCUGAGUCUGAACUGCCUGUGGACACUGCGACCCCCCAGCUGGAGUGUGGCUGUGGGGCUGGAGGAGACCCACCCCUGCUCAGACUCACAGCCCCCUCAGAAGCAGCCCGCGUGGAGAAGAGGCCGUGCUGCCUGCUCAUGUGAGGGGCUGGCGCCUGGGCGGCCAAGGCCCCACUGCCAGGCCCAGGGCCGCUGCUCUGCGUGCCGCAACGUGUGUUCCGGGCUAGGCUGCCAGCCUCCUCCUUCCUUGGGGACGGACCUGUGGCAGAGGCUGUACCUGGGAAACACCUGGCUGCGGAGACCUACUUUCAUUCUGUGACUCUCAAUAAAGGGCCGUUCCGCCA